UGCGCAGUACGGCUGACCCCUCCGGUUUCUGCGUGCAAUGCCACGUUAGUAGCGGUAGACACAAAAUACCAGCUACUCUCCCAACCCUACCAAGGAAGCAGACCAAAACUAAGACCAAUUUCACAGCUAAACCUUAGCGGACCGUGUCUGCAGCUCUCGUCUCUCUGUCAAGAAGAAUACUCGACGACAACUAUGUUUAAGUUUCUGCUCGUCUGCACACUGGUUGUGGCCAGCAGAGCUGAGGUCGGCGAGGAAGAAGAUGUCCUGGUGUUGAAGAAAAGUAACUUCGACGAGGCUCUCAAAGCUCACCCUAACAUCUUGGUUGAAUUCUAUGCCCCAUGGUGUGGUCACUGCAAGGCCCUGGCUCCAGAGUUCGCCAAGGCCGCUGGCAUGCUGAAGGCCGAGGGCUCCGAGGUCCGCCUGGGUAAGGUGGACGCCACAGAGGAGACCGAGCUGGCCCAGGAUUACGGCGUCCGGGGAUACCCCACCAUCAAGUUCUUCAAGGGCGGAGAGAAAGAGUCACCCAAAGAGUACUCCGCUGGCAGGCAGGCCGCCGACAUCGUCGCCUGGUUGAAGAAGCGCACAGGCCCGUCUGUCGCCACCCUGGCCGGAGUCACCGAGGCCGAGUCUUUGAUUGCUGACAACGAGGUGGCAGUCAUCGGAUUCUUUAAGGAUGCGGACUCUGAGGGGGCCAAGGCCUACGAAAAAGCAGCUGAAACCACAGAUGACAUCCCCUUCGCCGUGACUGCCGACGAUGCAGUUUUCGCCAAGUUUGAGGUGUCCAAGGACAGUGUUGUCCUCUUCAAGAAGUUUGAUGAGGGGCGUAAUACCUUUGACGGAGAGCUGACCAAAGAGAACCUCCUGGCUUUCGUCAAGGCCAACCAGCUGCCUCUGGUCAUCGAGUUCACAGAGCAGACAGCCCCUAAAAUCUUCGGUGGAGAAAUCAAGUCCCACAUCCUCAUGUUCCUGCCCAAAACUGCUAAAGACUUCCAGGACAAAAUGGACCAGUUUAAGAAAGCCGCAAAGGGAUUCAAGGGUCGGAUCCUGUUCAUUUUCAUCGACAGCGAUGUGGACGACAACCAGCGCAUCCUGGAGUUCUUCGGCCUGAAGAAAGAGGAGUGCCCCGCCAUCCGCCUCAUCACCCUGGAGGAUGAGAUGACCAAGUACAGGCCCGAGAGUGACGCCAUCACAGCCGAGAGCAUCAUCAGUUUCUGCGAACUGUUCAUUGAGGGCAAACUGAAGCCCCACCUCAUGAGUCAAGACAUCCCUGAAGACUGGGACAAAAACCCUGUCAGGGUUUUGGUUGGCAAGAACUUUGAGGAGGUCGUCUUUGAUUCGUCUAAGAACGUCUUUGUGGAAUUCUAUGCACCUUGGUGUGGACACUGCAAACAGCUGACUCCCAUCUGGGAGAAGCUCGGAGAGAAGUAUAAGGACAGCGCUGACAUCAUCGUGGCCAAGAUGGACUCCACAGCCAAUGAGAUCGAGGCAGUUAAAGUCCACAGCUUCCCCACUCUCAAGUUCUUCCCUGCAGGUGAAGAGCGCAAGGUGAUUGAUUACAACGGGGAGAGAACACUGGAAGGCUUCACCAAGUUCCUGGAGAGUGGCGGUAAAGAGGGCGGCGCCCCUGCCGGAGACGACGACGAUCUGGACGCAGAGGAUUUGGAGGAUGUGGAUGAUGAGAAGGACUUGGACUCUGAUGACGACGAACAUGACGAGUUGUAAGAGCUGGCAGAGGAGAGAGAGGAGACGAGUCCCGCCCCAACCCUUCCAACCAGUCACCAUCACCCCCUUCACUUCUUUGUGGACCUUCCCAGUCCUGUGAACAUUAAUACUUCCCCCUUAACUGCCUCCAUGUCAGUCAGCCCGCCAGUCUGUCAGUCAGUCAGUCCAUCAGCAGCGUGGCGGGGCCUUUUUUUCGCCAGCCACAUCUCUAACCUCGCAACGUCUGGCCAGACUCGUCUUGUCCCACCUGGGGGGGUGGGGACUCUGUGUAACAGCGCACCACCUCUAUGGGAGACCUCAAUGCCUUCUCUACAAAGCGCUACAUCAGCUGUUUGCCUUGUAUGUUUUAAACCAAAUGUAAAAAUGGCAUUGGGAUUCACUUUUGAAAAAUGUUCAAUUUUUUUUUUCUGUUGAAUUUGCUCCCCUACUUAAAAAAAAAAAAGAAAAGAAGAAAAAAAGCCUUGCCAUUGUUCAGUGUGGGUAUGAGCUAAAUGAGUGUUGUAACCUGUAUUCAUAGGUAAGCAUGGGGGGGCUGCCAAUGUUCUUUUCCCUCUGAUAGAAAUCCAGAGGACCAGAGUUUUGUGUGGUGGUUUUGUAAGGACUGAUCUCUCAGGGGACAAGGGGCCAUCCAAUAGAUGGGUUUAUUAACUCCACAGAGCUUGGCCAGUGUAGCACAAAAGCCCCCCCCCCCCCCUCCCCAGCAUCUGUAGCUAAGACCAGUUUUUUUCUUCUUCUUUUGGGGGGGGGGGGGGGGGGGGGAGUCUUUGUUUUUAUUUCUUCAUUCCCAUAUAAUCUCAGUUCAGUCUCCUCAUUUCCUCAAGGCUACUGACUAUUUUUCCAAAAGUAAUUUUGCAGAGAAACUCCUAUUUUAUUUAAUUGCUUUCACUAUUUGUUUUCUUUUUUUAUUUAGGAUUUAUAAUUUUUAAUGUACCAUUGUGCCCAGCUGUAGCCAGUUGGGGCAGAGUUGGCCCUUGGACACGGUCUCAGACCUAGGAGGGUUUUUGGAGCCAGUUCUGAUAGGACGCACUGCAUUCCUGCCUAAUCAGAGAUUCACUGUGGUUACUAAAGCAGCCAGAGAUUGGUACGGUUUACUGGUCAGGUUGGUCUGAGAGAAGUGUCUAUUAUAUCUGAAGUGGGGAGGGAACAAUUGCACAGCCCCACCCCUCACCCAUACUGUACCUCCUGCAUCCCUUUUGGCUCUACCCAACACCCUUGUUGCCACAGCAGUGAGUGAGUGAGAGAGCGCGUGAGAGAGGGCGCAUAAUGUGUUGUGUGAAUGGUGUUUAAAUGGUGAGAGUUGAAUGACUAGUUAAUGUUUUUGGUCGUCCAUGAACAGGAGGAUGAAUGUCCUGCGUGUUUGGCAGGGGGGGGGGGAGGCAUGAGUAGAGCAAGGUGUCGGGUUUGACAGCUGCAGCGGUGGGGGAAACUUUACAAAGCAUUCCAUCAUAUCCAAAUUGAUGUGGAAAACGUAAAAUGGUGGCCAAUAAACAAAAAAA